AUGACCGCCACUGCGCCCUCCAACGCCUGGCUGCGCGCUCAGCGCAAGAGCGAUCUCGUCGAAUUGGCCGAGAGUGUCGGCCUCCAGAACUACGAUGGUCUCAAAAAAUCGGAACUCGAGAUCGUUCUCGAUGAGUUCAUUGCGGGGAACAGCAGCCGCUUCAACAGCCGAUCUGAUCUGUCGGGCUACUUCAACAGCCGGUCCAAGGCAAUGGGCUCUCCCGUCAAGCGAGAGUCCAAGGAGCCCAUCAAGGAAGAGCUGGAAAAGGGCAUCAAGACGAUCAAGCGGAGGGCGACCAAGGCUGCUGAGGAUCUGCUGAACACAGAUGCUGAAGACGUCCGCGCCGCCUCAACUGCCCUCAUCCAGACCCCUGCUCGCAGUCUGUCGCAAGUUGCCUCGCGCAUCUCACUGCCCGCGACCCCGGCCGACGUAGCCAACGCUGUCGAUCGCUCAGCCAUUGCCGUGCGCCGCCGUGUCUCGUCCAUCUACCAGGAGAGUGGCAUUGGCGAGACUUCCAACGCUGCUCGAGAGACUCUCAGCAGCGUUACCAGCAUUCUGCUUUGCGUCUCCGCUUUCGAACUCUGGUAUAUUCGACCCGAGAUCCUGGCUAACCGCUACGCAUUCACCGUCCCUGCCAUCGGCUUCCUCGGCACGUCCGACCACCCCGUGUACCUGCCCGAUAUGUUCCUCCUGCUCACCGCGAGCUUUUGGUCACCUGCUCUCACCUGGGCCUUUACCAGCUUCAUCUUGCCCAGCCUGUUUGGCUACUUUUUCAACCUCAGCUCUGCCAGCGGCGCCCAGGGCGCUAAGACGCGCUCUCGGGUUAGCACUCCGGACACUGCUGUCGAUCCCUUGACCUACAGCAUUGUCAAGGCACUCGUCUCAUUCGUUGUGUAUGGUCAGGGUGUCACCUUUGGCGGUCUCCUGUCUGAGACAGCUAUUGAUCGGCUUGACGGAGCCGUGUACGGAGGCUACAAGGGCAUACUGACUGGAGCUGCCAUUACUGGAUUGCUUAGCAUCUACGAUGCGGUCCUGAAGAAAUAA